AUGGAAUCUUCUGGAAAAUAACAAAGCGUCAAAUACCUCAAUGGGGCUUUUGACUUGGUUGAAGAAGAUGUACCUCAGCCAGGUAAGGGUCAAGUCUUGAUUGAAGUGCACUACUCCACUGUAAAUCCAUAUGACAGAAUUAUGCAUGGAAUCAACAAAGCUGAGGGCUACGUAAUGGGCUCAGAUGGCUGUGGAAUCAUCGUUGCUGUAGGAGAAGGCGUAGAUGCCACUCUCAUUGGCAAGAAAGCAGCUUUCCUCGGAGGCGGCUGGUCCAGAUACGCAGUUUCCAACCUUGACUUUACAGUGCUCUUCAAUCACGACGACUUUGACUUGAAAUAGGGAGCUAAUACUUACGUGAAUCCUUUCACUGUGACAGCCAUGCUAGAUUUUGCAAAGAAAAACAAUGCCUCCGCUGUCAUCCAAAUGGCUGCUUCUUCUGCCCUUGCUAAACAAAUGCUCAGACUUUCCCAAAAGGAAGGCAUUGAGACCGUGAACAUUGUUAGAAAAGACGAUUAAGUGAAGGAUCUUUAGGAAAACCUUGGAGCUAAGUAUGUGUUGAAUUAAGAGAGCCCAAGCUUCCUUGAAGAUUUACAAAAGGUCUUAGACGAAGUAAAGCCCACAGUUUUGUUCGAGUGUGUUGGCGGUGAACUUCCAGGUGAAAUCUUCAAGAGAAUGGCAGCCAAAUCAUUCAUGGUUGUUUACGGUAACUUAUCAAAGCAAAAGGUGGCAUUUGAGCCAACUGAAUUCCAUUGGUCUGACAAGCAAAUCGUUGGACUUAUGAUGUUCCGCUGGGUAUCUUCACUUCCUCUUGACGAAAGAAGAAAAUGGUUUGAUUAUGUUGCUGAAGACCUUUACAAUGGAGGUAAAAUAUUCGGCUCUAAGAUCGCAAAGGAGGUGCCAAUUGAACAAUGGAGAGAAGCUCUCCCAGACUCAGAAAAAGUUGCAAGCGAGGGUAAGUACCUGAUCAAUUGCAAGAGAUAAUGA